CGAGCCAUGAUUCCUGACUUCCACCUGUCCCAAAUGCUGAAACAAAGAUGUGUUCACGGCAAGUAACUUUGUGAGGUCCCCUGGCAGCGGACACAGCGAGAUGCAAUGAGGGUUAACGUGGAUAACGGAGGCUUAAGGAGGCCAAGUGUUCUUCCACCUAAAUGCGGUUGUUGAUGUCAUUAUAAGUGCGCUACAGCCCCCAUCCAUUGUGUGGGGGUACAUCGCCCACGCAGUCUAUCUAGACACUGAAGAAGCGCCGUUCACACACUAACCAACAACUACUGGGCUGACGAGUUCAAGGAAACGAGCUCAAAUUUUGGGCUUUGUAGGCGUUUUAACGCUUUUUUAAUACAAUUGAAGGAAUAAUCUGGCCCAAUUGUACCUGUAUCCCUUUUUGCUGGGUCAAAAUGACCACAUACAAAGUUUUCUUUAUUCUAAUUAUCUCAUUUAUCGUUUUUGCAUGUUUCUUUAGCAAUUCCUCACUUCUCCCACACUUAUAUGCUAAACAGGGACCAACAUCGUUUAAUACAAGCGCUUUCGAUUCGAACGUCACGUCCGAUGCAUUUAGAGACGAGUUUCGGCUGCAAUACGUUUUUUAUCACGGCGUGAACGAAUAUUAUGACUUCCAUGCUCGUUUGGAUACGUCGGGGAAAGCUUUCUUUGCGGAAAGUGAGAGUACGUUUACCCUAAAAGGUAUUGAGAAACGUACUGUCCGUUUAAAAGAUCUGUCGCGUGAAGGUCUAAAAGCUUACAGGCGUGCAUCACAAACAAAUGAACUGCAUGCCUAUGACGCGGACUUAUGGCGUGAGGAAACGAUUAUUGUCCCCGACAUCAAAGACAAACAGACAAUUUAUGCCUUGGGAAAGAUGAGUUACAAUGCAUACAUUGAGAUUCCUUUCGACGAUGACUGGUUAGACCUCGGUUCUAAUUGGAAUAUCACUCCUCCAUACGGCUUUGGUUGGGAGGACAAUGGUUUACGAGGCCAUGUCUUUGCGAAUAGUGAUAACACAACUGUAAUCGUAGCUAUGAAGGGUACUUCCAUUUUUGGAAUUGGUCGUGGUACCUCACAAAAAGAUCGCAUCAACGAUAAUUUGCUGUUUUCAUGCUGUUGCGCCCGUGUUAGCUGGGCGUGGACGACUGUUUGCGACUGUUAUCGUGGUACGUAUACAUGUUCGCAAACAUGCUUGGAAGAUGAGUUACAAAGUGAUGCGCGUUACUAUUCAGCAGCUCUUGACAUUUUUUACAACAUUACCCAACUAUAUCCGAACGCUGUUGUGUGGAUGACGGGCCAUUCUUUGGGAGGCGCCACAGCAGCUCUAAUGGGUUUGUCGUUUGGUAUCCCAACGGUAACUUUUGAAGCUCCAGGUGACCGUUUGGCUGCUCGUCGCUUACAUCUUCCUCAACCUCCAGGGCUGCCAGACGAAGACAGUCUAGUCUGGCACAUUGGACACACAGCCGAUCCAAUUUACCUGGGUACUUGUACAGGCCCCACAUCAUCCUGCUGGGCUGGUGGCUACGCAAUGGAGUCUCAAUGCCAUACGGGUCUCGAAUGUAUAUACGACGUUGUGAAAGAUAAGGGAUGGCGUAUCUCUAUAGCACAUCACAGAAUGCAGGCAGUCCUUCAGGAUGUCAUUGACUCGUAUGAUGAGAUUCCCACCUGUGUUAGUAUUGAGGAUUGUGAUGAUUGCUACCUUUGGGAUUUUAAGGACGAGGAUUGAUCCGCGUGCAAAUAAAUGGUUUCUGUUAUGCAAUAACUAAUGAUUUGCUACAUGAGCGUCCGUCCACUCUUUUCCUCCAUCAACGAAGGACGUGUACACACACCUACAAAUUCAUCAACCAAAACUCAUCCCACUUUAAUGUUCCUUUAAUGACAAGUAUAACCUUUUAGAGACUUUAAACUUCACUAAUUAUGGUAUUGACAAAACUGACCUCCUGCAAAACUCGAUCGACAGGAGCAGAUUGAGAGCUUUUUCCUCUUCUUUUUUUCUUGACCCGCUGAUGCUUGCAUACAUGCACGCCUUUAACAUAUGCAUGCAGAGGAGAAGCAAAAUGCUUUUUGUACUUUAAGCACAGAUCCGAUAACUAUUGUAACGGCCACUGGUUUCACUUCUACGGACAAUCUUGACGACUUGUCCACGCUUCAAACCCAAGUAACGGGCGACAGGAUCGGCCAUUUGGAUACGUGGGAGUUGUGUUUCACGCAACUUGUAACGGUCCAAAAGUUCUUUUUUCUCUUCAGGGGUUAGAAGAACGUGCUUGGGCACCAAUUCGUGGUGUGUGAUGUUGACAAUUAAAUCGCUCUCUUGGAAUGUUUCAAUUGUGAAUUGGCCGGUAACUGUGGAGAUAAUUUUGGUAGCACUAGGAGUCAUAUUGUUGGCAUAAAUCAAGAUUCCGGUCUUGUGGUUAUGAUCGCCAAGGGUGUGAACAAAAGUACGCAUUUCCUUGAUACCAACUGAUGGUUCCUUGGCAAAUUCGACGUAAAUUGUACCCUUGUCAGAUCCGGGUGGAGGCUUUGCGUAAAAACUCAAGGUGGAACGACUGAAGCUUGUGUUAGUCAAAGAUCAUUAAUUGAGAAUACCAAUCAGGCACUUAUCACACAAAAACUUACUCCAAAUUACGACCCAUUCCGCAGUGCAUAGCUCUGAAUUGAUCCAAGGUGAGUUCCAACUCUGACUGAGACACGGCAUAACCCUAGAUUUUUGUCAGCAAAGAAACUACGGUUACAGAAAGAGAGUGUUUUUACAUACUCUGUCGUGAACCAGCUGAUGAACGGUUUUCCACACACGGAACACCUUCACGAUGUUUCUUUCUUCGGACGACGACAUGUUCAAGCAAACGAAGAGGAAAGAAUGGCGAUGAAACGCACUGCUGUCGGUGAACUGCACUUGACGGUUGAAGCGGUGAAAAGUUGGCACAACCUAACUGUUUUUUUUUGGUGGUUAGGAUCUCUCUGCCCCACGUUUUACACUCCACCAUUAAUUGACCGGUAAAGCCACGGUGCGAAUCCGGGUUUGCCGUGGGUGCCAUUGUUUCGUAUUCAUAAAUGAUACUGGGGCGAUGAGAUGGUUAUUACUAAAAAACGAUCUUCGUUUAAUCGACAUAUUAUUUGUUUCAAAACGUCGAAGUAUUCAUUCAUGAGACCACGAUUUUGGUAGGUCGCAUCCGACGCCAUUAGCAUACAACAGUCAUUACCUGCUAGCAAAGAGCAGCAGAAUAAAUCUACUUCUUUUUUGCUGCCGUUUUGUUAUUCAUCAAGAAAACCUGAGACGCCACCGUGUCCCACUCCUCAUCCCAGCGAUGUUUAGAUUCACUCAUUGCUCCACGCUUCAACGAUGACAGCUCCUUUGUGUUGGUAAAAAGAUUCUAAGCCCGUUAGCAUCAUGCUAUCUAAAAUGGGUUGCACAGAUCGCAUGUCCCCUCUGUAUUUAAUACAAACCUGAAUUGUGACAGCCAUUUCAUGAGCGUCACCGACGAUUUUUCCGUUUCGGCCAUCCUUUACGAGCUCAGUUAUAGCUGGAAAUGGCAACGAAAGCACGGGAAUGCCACAGCCAAAUAGAUCAACUACCUUCAUGGGCAAAUCCACACCGCUAGAGCUUGUAUGAAGACUUACACCCAAGUCUGCACAAGCAAGCAGGCGCGGAUAGUCGCCAGUUGACAGCCAUGGAGUCAAGAAACGAACGUGUUGUAGAGGGUGUUCUUUUACAUGGUCCAAAAAGUCCUGCUUCAUCGGACCUUUGCCCGUGAUGACAGCAAGAAUAGGGGAUGCAUUGGGUUGUGCAUCGUAUUCUUCCAACGCUUUAUAAAGUACAAAAAUAUCCUCAUCUGGGGUCCACGAUGUUGAGGACACAAGCAGUUUGCAUGUCUUCGGAUUGAACGCCGUUCCAAGCAGAUUGUAAGGCUUCUUUGAAAGCGGUUUGAAGUGACUUGGCGGACGAUCGUAAAGAACGUAUGUUGGUCUUAAAACUAAGUGUUAGUGAAAUGCUUGCCAGAGAUUAAUGUAAAUGUAGAAGUCUCAUUCGAGUGCAGCUGCGUUACUUACUUAAGGCCCCAAUUACCAAGCACCUCGCUCAUGGCAUUUGAAACACAAAGGUGUUUGUAAGCAAAUCGACCAAGGAAGAGCUCAUAAGCUUUCAUGAUUUUGACGAGCAUAUGAUUUUUGCCGAGUUUGAGGGCCAAAAUACUGAAACCGAAAUUGUGCCAGUCAAUAACGAUUCGAGAUCCGAAACAAAACCGCAUUAAUAAUGCAAAAACAAAAGUAGGGAUACAUGGAGGAUUCUGCACAAGCAGAUACGACGGUGCGUGUACCCGAAAAAGAAUGCUGCACAGGCCGAGCCAGAGGAAUGUCACUUUCAAUGGAGCGAACAGUAAGAAUUGAAGCUUGGACGAUGGUGUUAACCAAGCCGGAGUCUUCGGAAUGUGUAUACAACGUAUCCGUUUGUCCUUCUUAAACAAUUCUUGCUCAUUAUUGUCGUCUACACACAGUUAGAACUAGAUACUCAAUAUGAAAGACAAAAGUAACGGCGUAGGCAGCGCACGCGUCAUUGCUGUUCACUACUGUCAUGACUUUUCCAUAUGUUUACCAACCUCCAUAACCAAUCAAUUCUACAUUCCAAUCAUGUUUUGCGAAACUGUUUGCAUGGUACUG